AUGAACAUGCUUGAGACUAUUGUAGGAGGACUAUUAUGGGAGCUACGAGACGAUAUGCAUGAAAAUCAUGCUCAAUGGCCUGACAACAGAGCUAUGUCUAGAAAGUUAAAUUCUAUUACUCAAGAGAAGAAUGAAGAGGUUAGGACAACAUUUGUUGAGAUCAUAGAUCAUGUGUAUGAUGGCGAUGCGGCCGAGUCCUCGUCGGAGGAAUCCUCGUAUCCACCCAGCCCUCUGCUCCACAGACCCUACAUCCCCGACGACCUAGCUCAUAGGCCGGACAUACGUGCCGCCUUCAAGCACGCCAAGGCCCAAUACCAAGCAGAUUUAUUUACUAGCAAAAAAGUCCCUUGUCGGUUUGUCUUCACCUUGGAUCGCUGCUCUUCUGUUUCGUGCAUGUCUGACGAGCCACACCUUCUCCAUAUCCGUGAGCCUGCAAAGAGUGCUGUGCUUUUUGCCGCCAACUCUAUCAUCACCCUCUCGUCCUAUCUUGAUGAUGAGCCGCUGAAUAGGUGUUGUGCUUUGUGGAUCCAACGGGACGACAAGAAGAAUACCGCCGUGGUGUUGACGUCCCCGCAUCUCAUUCGCGCAAAGGAUCCCGACCAGUGGAUGGAUGAGUGGACGGGCGAAUAUCAUCGCAGGGCUGCGGUCAUUGUUCACUUGUUUGACGACACAACUGCAGUAGCCAGUCUCCUCUACCUCCAGAAGCACUAUGAAUUUGCUCUUUACGAGGUUGUAGUGAACAAAUCGGUUCGACUGACCACUUUUAAUGACAAUGUGCACUCUGGUCAAGAUGUGCUCCGACUUGGAAGAGAUGAAAGUCUUGAUCUAAGGAUAACCCAUGGUAGGGUGGAGUAUAUGAUUCCAGUCCCCUACAAGAGAUAUCACUACAUGUAUUUUUCCAACAAUGAACAUAGCUUGCGUGACGAUGGAGGCCCUAUCAUUGACUUGGAAGGGAAAGUUGUGGGAAUGGUUAACAAUCAAAUCAAUGAGACCUUUUUACCAUCGUCUAUAUUGCACAAGUGCUUGGAUUCAUGGAGAAAGUUAAAGUGCAUCCCUCGGCCCCACCUUGGAAUGACCUUUACUUCCAUCAAGCUUCUAGAUCCUAUUUGUAUUGAGAGGAUGAGGCGUAAGCAUAACAUUGAGUCUGGUCUUAUUGUUGAAGAGGUGUCAAAAGAAUCAAAUGCUGAGGAACUUGGAAUCCGGAAGGGUGAUAUUAUUGAAUGUUUCAAUGGAGAAUAUACUUCCAGUACAAUUGAGCAAAAUAUGUAUCUAAUUGAAGCUUGA